UUCUUUUUUUAAAUCCUUGGAUCCAGUGUCGAUCUUCGUGACGACGAUGAACUCAGCGGCGUCACAGGAUCACUGGAGGAGUUACUUCAGGAAAGCGAAUUCCGACAUAUUCAGCAUCAUUGACAACGCCAUCACGGUGGCCGCUUCCGAUUGCCCCAAGGAAUUCAGGCUUCGCCGUGACGCCAUUGCCGAGCUCCUCUUCUCCUGUAGGCUCGCGCGGUGCCGUGGAUGUGACCGAGUGGAGCUCGCCGUCGAUGGAGGCAGCGGCAAAGAUGAUUGUGGUGGUGGCGGCGGCGGCGGCCGCAAGAGCGGUGAGUCCGAGGUCGAGACGGGUGGGAGUAAAGAGAGCAAAGUCAACAGCAGCAGAGAUGAUAGGGGAGAGGUGAAUGUUCAGAUCGUGAGCAAUUACAGCUAUGGGGAAGCAGAAGCCUUGACGGAUGAGAUUGAAGAACAGUCUCUGUAUGCUGAUGAGGUCUUCAGGAUCAGACAGGUUUUGCUUAAUUCUCAAGAAGAGUCUGAUUCAGUAAUAUUCGAGUCGUUGCGGAGGCUUCAGCUGAUGGAGCUCACUGUGGAUCUUCUGAAGGCCACUGAGAUUGGUAAGGCUGUCACUCCUCUUCGAAAGCACGGCUCGAGGGAUAUUCGCCAACUUGCACGGACACUUAUUGAUGGCUGGAAAGUUAUGGUGGAUGAGUGGGUCAAGGCUACCACACCUAUCACAGGUUCAGAAGGUACCCCAGAUUCAGUAAAGCCGUCUACAGUUGAUGAGGAAGAAGGGCUUCCAUCACCUUCCAUGGAUGAAGGGGCUUUCUUUGCCACUCAAGCUGGUUCAAUGGAACUCUCCCAGUUCUUUGAUGGCAUGGAUGAUUAUGGAAAUCCUCAACAGAGUGGGGAAUUCAUCAAGAACCGUGAAAGUGGCAGAAGGGCAUCGCUGGAUAAUCAACAUAUUGUAGAGAUGAAAAUUCAGGCUUCAGCCAAUGACACAAACACGGACAUUAAGGGUCAGCAAGCCAUGAAACAUGAGAGUACUGUGAAGCUAACUAAGCUGGUAAACACUGACUCUGGCCCUGGCAGGCCGCCAAAAACUACCAUGCAGAUAAAAGGGACUGUGAAACAGAAGAUGCCUCAAAAGAUAGAGACAAGUGUCAUCCCAAAGCAGCCUCAGGCUAGUAAUCAGGAUAAAUCCAAGCCUUCGGAUGAUUCUUCAUUGAAAGUGAAGCUAGAAGCCGCUAAGAGAAAACUUCAGGAGCGGUAUCAACAAGCUGAAAAUGCUAAGAGGCAGCGAACGGUACAGGUUAUGGAGUUGCACGACCUGCCCAAGCAAGCGGUUGCACACCGGAAUCCACAUGUGAAGCCUGGAAUGCAUAAGAGGAAAUUGAAUAACGGACGAAGAUAGUGAUCUGCAUAAUGGGGAACCUGCAUUUUUUGUUAUAAGCUUCUCCCGUUCAAAAAAAAAGGAGGAAGAAGAGCUCUAUGUAUGUAAGCUUUGACCAUUUGAAAUCACAAUUCAGGUUUACCAUAUUCUUACUUGUACAGAGAGCCGUUUUGAAUCUCUGAUCUGAUUGAGAGGGAAGUAAACUCUGAAAAACAGUUUAUUUCCUAAAUUAAAGGUGUUGAGUAUAUAUAGAAAUUUUGUUUAUCCGGGGAUUGGAUUUGGAGGAGGCACUCUUUGGCAAUAAAUUGAGGAUGACUAUGUUCA